CUUCAGAUACUUAUCUUGGCUGUGGAAGUUGACACGUGUAUCUUUGUUGAAAAGUUACAGUGUGCAUAAAUAGCCUGCAGAAGGACUGGAUGUAACACUAAUACAGAGGAGUUAAAGUCGUUCAGGUGACGCAGAGAAACAAACAACAAGGGUCAACCUUUCAGGUUUUCCUCAGAAGACGCAGAUCUGGCUGUGUAGUUCUUCAGGUGUGUUUGUGUGUGUAAGCAGCUAAGCUAGGUGUGUGUGAAGAUGAGAGGUGUGCUAGUAGUGUGUGUGUUGCUGCUCUGGGUUGAAGGGUGCUGGGGUGACACACCUGCCAACUGCACCUAUGAGGACCUGCAGGGGACAUGGGUGUUUCAGAUGUCCAAAGGAGGAAAAGACAAGACCAUCAACUGCUCUGCUGAAGUUACAAGUGAGAGCACGGUGACUGUGACCCUGGAGAAACUGUCUGUAGCCAUAGAUGAGCUGGGGAACACCGGCUUCUUCACCCUCAUCUACAACCAGGGCUUUGAGGUGGUCAUUAACGGCUACAAAUGGUUCGGAUUCUUCAAGUACACUGAAGACGGCCCUAAGGUGACCAGCUACUGUGACCAGACCAUGCCAGGGUGGGUCCAUGAUGUCCUGGGGCACAACUGGGCCUGUUUUGUGGGGAAGAAAGUGAAACCAGUACCUCCAAGAGUAGAUUUCAAACCAGUCUUCAGCAGCAGGCUGCUCCAGAAGCCGUACAAACACAACCUGGACUUCAUUGACGCCAUCAACUCUGUUCAGAAGUCCUGGAAGGCUGUGCCUUACCCAGAGUAUGAGACGUACACUCUGAAGGAGCUGCACCUCCGAGCAGGAGGGCCCGCCUCCCGAAUCCCUAUGCGUGUUCGCCCUAUGCCUGUGCAAGCUGAGGUAGCCAAGAUGGCGGCAGCUCUACCUGAGCACUGGGAUUGGAGGAACGUCGACGGCGUUAGCUUCGUCAGCCCUGUGCGAAACCAAGGGUCAUGUGGAAGCUGCUACUCUUUUGCCUCGAUGGGAAUGCUGGAAGCUCGUAUUCGAAUCCUCACCAACAACAGCGAGACUCCCAUCCUCAGCCCGCAACAAGUCAUCUCCUGUUCUGAAUAUUCUCAAGGUUGCGAUGGUGGCUUCCCAUACCUGAUUGGAAAGUAUGUGCAGGAUUUCGGCAUCGUGGAUGAGUCCUGCUUUCCGUAUAUUGGCAAGGACUCUCCGUGUGGCGUUCCUCAAAAUUGCGGCCGCACUUACGCCGCAGAAUACUACUACGUCGGUGGAUUUUAUGGCGGCUGCAGUGAGAUGGCCAUGAUGUUGGAACUGGUCAAGAAUGGACCCAUGGGAGUCGCUUUUGAGGUCUACCCCGACUUCAUGAACUAUAAGGAGGGCAUCUUCCACCACACAGGCCUCGGUGACCCCUUCAAUCCCUUCGAGCUCACCAACCACGCCGUGCUACUGGUGGGUUACGGCCGCUGCCACGUGACCGGGCAGAAGUUCUGGAUCGUCAAGAACAGUUGGGGCACCGGCUGGGGCGAGGACGGAUACUUCCGAAUCCGCCGGGGCAGCAACGAGUGUGCAAUGGAGAGCAUCGCCGUCGCAGCCAACCCAAUCCCCCAACUGUAGAAGCUGUAAACGCAGGAUGAAAGGAGUGAGUGGUUUGAACAUCCAACCACUUUUUAAAUUUAGUAAAACUAGGCACCUACAUUAGUUAAAAACAUAAAUAGGGACACAAGUCUUCUGUUUCAUGGUUAAUUGAAAGUAUUGACACAUACUGUUUAUAGGAGAUUUUAAUUGAAGGGAAACUUAUUCUGCUCUUUUGAUGCGAUGAAUUUACCACCUACCUACAACGUUGCUUUAAUUUUUUACAAAUGUUUUCUGAUCACAACAAUCACUGAUAGCUGCCUAUGAACGAUUUCAAUUCAAGCUGUAACUGCCGACACAAACUUAGAAUCAAAAUGCAUCAGUACAUACUGUGACAAAUGUGGUAAGUGAGGAGUGUUUGUGUUUGCUUGCCAGGUGCAGGACCUUGAUUCUUUGUUUCAGGGAAGCAACAGUGGAGAAUUGUAAUAUAUUCUGUCCUUGCAUCAAAUUGACUGCCUUGUUUCUCUGCGGGGUAAUUUGUACGAGUUCCCCGUGGAGCCUUUUUAAAGGGAUUCUUAAUCAAUCAAUAAAGGGAUGUAACUGAUUGACGUGCCAGUUAUUCUGAUUUGCACUGUUUUUUCCUUUUGAAUUUAACAGAAUAAAAGCAUUUCAAAAGGUU